CGCGCCACAUCUCAUUAAUGAUCCCCGGCAGCGCGACGAUCACACGGCCGACACGUCCAGCCUAAAACAGCUGAUCGACAACAGAUAACCCGGCGAGGAGAAAAGAAGACGGUGUAGUCUGAGGAUUCUAUUGGUGAAUUUAAACCGACUCAACGCGGGGAGCGUGUAUUAUUAUCAAGAGGAUUAAACUUCCCCCUACUGGAGGGCAAAACAUACCAUGGAGGUCGCAGCGGCUGAUCAGUCUCGGUGGAUGGCGCACCAUCACGCCGUGCUCAACGGCCAGCACCCGGACUCGCACCACCACAGCCUGGGCCACAACUACAUGGAGCCCAUGGCGCCUUUGCUGCCCCAAGACGAGGUAGACAUGUUCCUGAACCACUUGGACUCUCAAGGGAAUCCUUACUACACCAACUCCCGGGCGAGGGUUACCUACAGCCAAGCGCACGCUCGCCUCACUGGGAACCAGGUCUGCCGGCCACACCUCAUCCACAGCCCCGGCAUUCCCUGGCUGGACCCCGGCAAGGCAGCCCUGUCCGCCGCCCACCACCACAACGCAUGGGCGGUGAGUCACUUCAGCAAACCCGGCCUGCACCCGACCAGCUCCGGCUACCCUUGCAGCAGCAACACCGGCACGGCUCCGGUGUCCUCCCUCACGCCGGCGAGCCACUCCAGCCCGCACCUCUACAGCUUCCCCCCUACCCCGCCCAAAGACGUGUCCCCGGACCCGGGCCCCACCUCCCCCACCUCCACGUCGACCAGGAUGGACGAGAAGGAGUCGAUCAAGUACCAAAUGCCGCUGUCGGACAGUAUGAAGAUGGAGAGCUGCAGCCCGCUGCGCGGCGGCUUGGCCUCCAUGAACGGCCAGGCCCAGGCCACGCACCACCCGAUCCCCACCUACCCGGGCUACCCCCUGCACACGCCGCAUGAGUACAGCGGGAGUCUCUUCCACCCUGGUAGUCUGCUCGGCUCGUCGUCCAGCUUCACGCCCAAAUGCAAGAGCAAAGCCCGGUCGAGCUCAGAAUUAUACGCAGAGGGCCGUGAGUGUGUCAAUUGCGGCGCCACCUCCACCCCUCUGUGGCGGCGGGACGGUACCGGCCACUACCUGUGCAACGCCUGCGGACUGUACCACAAGAUGAACGGCCAGAAUCGACCGCUCAUCAAGCCCAAACGCAGACUGUCCGCUGCACGCCGUGCAGGCACCUGCUGUGCAAACUGCCAGACCACCACCACCACCCUGUGGAGGCGUAACGGGAAUGGAGACCCGGUGUGUAAUGCCUGUGGUCUUUACUACAAACUGCACAAUGUCAACAGACCGCUGACCAUGAAGAAAGAAGGCAUCCAGACCCGCAACCGCAAGAUGUCUAGCAAGUCCAAGAGGAACAAGAGAUCGGGGGACGGCUUCGAAGAGCUGUCCAAGUGCAUGCAGGACAAGGCCUCUCCCUUUGGCGCUGCCAGCGGCCUCACCAGCCACAUGACCCACAUGGGUCACUUACCCCCCUUCAGCCACUCGGGACACAUGCUGCCGACUCCCACGCCCAUUCACCCUUCAUUCGGCCACCCCCACCACACUAACCGCUCGCCGGUUUGGGCAGAGCCUCACUGAACUCCUCUUUCCUGUCUGACCCACCGUGUUGCCAUUACCAUUAAAUCCCCCACACCCCAAACCCCUCCAUAAUAAGGCGGAAGCUGAGCAGACUUGUACAGUGGUCGGACUCAGUUGGACUUGAUAACUGCGAGAGAUCGGCGAUGCGUGUCAUUCUUUUUGCUCGUUCUUCCCAAGUCACUUUUGGUACCCGCCUCACCUCAACCCCGUAGCAGGAACCCUAGGGGCUCACCUCGUUCUCCUUAGUUUCUGAGAAAUGCGAACCCAGUCCACCUUUACCCCCUCCCUCAGCCAGAACGACUGUACCAGCUGACACAAGGCAGUAAGACCCAGGUCGCAGUACCCAUGAACCCGUCCUCUCCUCACAUGCUGGAUUGUGCACCAACACCUGUUUUUAAAGACGGCCUUUUACGGAAGGGGGGGAAAAAAAAAAUGACAGUAAAUAGAGUGUUUAUAAAUACUUAAUUGCUAUUAUGGUUGUUAUAUUUGAUGUUAUAAUUAUUGCUACGAUAAUUUAUUUUCACUCUUUAAGCUUUCGGUCAAAGACAUAUGGAGAUUGUUCUGAUUUUUUUUUUGGUUUUUAUUGUUACGACGCAAAAGGAAAACAAGGACUUUAUAGAUGAAAAGUCCCCCGAGCUGUACGUUUUUAUCAUUUUUCCAUCUCACAAAAGUGAAGAAAAUAAAGUUUAUUACUUAAAUGCAA